ACUACACUGACACGAUACGGGGAUAUAGUGAAGACUCGAUGGCAGAGACAAGUGUUGGUGAAAUGGCCACAGAGGAGAACAACAACGCCGAUGCCCUCGUCACCUCCAUCGACCCUCUUCACCCCGCCAAUCACAUCUGUACGCUUUGCUACCAAUUCUACGGCCACGGCUGGGUCACAGGCACCGGCGGCGGCAUCUCCAUCAAGCAUGGAAAUCACGUCUACCUCGCCCCUUCAGGUGUGCAGAAAGAGCUCAUGAAACCCCAAGAUAUCUUUGUCAUGGACUAUGUGACAAAACAAUACCUGAGGAGACCACCGGUGUACAAACCCUCUGCGUGCACACCUCUCUUCAUGUCGGCAUAUACCACCCGUGGAGCAGGAGCUUGUAUCCAUACCCAUUCGCAAUGGGCUGUUCUCGUAACUCUCAUCUGUGAAGCGGGACUACAAGGUGACGACCGCGGUGUAUUUGCGAUGAAAGAGAUUGAGCAAAUCAAAGGCAUCUCGCGGGGAGGAACAGGCUCGCAAGAAAUUGCUGAGGGUGGCCGCAAACUCGGCAAUUUGGGAUACUUUGAUACGAUGAAGAUUCCGAUUAUUGAGAAUACGGCGCAUGAGGAGGAUCUGGAAGAGAGUAUGUCGCAGGCCAUGCAGGAGUGGCCGGAAACUUGUGCGGUGCUCGUCAAGAGGCAUGGUGUCUAUGUGUGGGGCAAGGAUGUUGCUCAGGCUAAGACGCAAUGUGAAAGUUUGGAUUAUCUGUUCCAGCUGGCGGUGGAGAUGCAUAAGUUGGGGUUGAAGUGGGUGUGAAUAUGAUGAUACUAUAAAAGAAAAAUUGGCCGAUGAUGAUUUGGCAGGCCCAUGAGAAUAUAUUCGUAUAGGGAAUUCGAGUUGCAAUAUCUUGUACAAGUCCAUAAAAACUUCUGGCUGUGAAGCGCCUCCUUCUAUUCCUAUACUCCAUUACCCGAACCUAGACAUGCUGUACAAAGAGUAAUAAUCACCGCAAAGUGCUCUGGUCACUAUAGCAAUGGUUCCCAACUCGACCAUCCAACGCCAGCUGUUCCAGGUGUAUCUCAAAGCGCAACGCAUACAAAGUAGUCUGCUCGUCUUCAUCUUUCGCUGUCAAGAUCUGACGGAUAUCAGAUGCAGUUUGCUCAAAGCGACGCAGACGAAAGCAGAUCUAGGAGACGCUGGUGCUAGCUCUCCCCGUAGUCCGUAUCUCUGAUCUGAGCACUGCAUGUAAGGUCUAUUACGAACAAGCGCAAUAUGGCUUCGCAUCGCAGAGUAGACACAUCUCCCUCUCGUCCUGACAUCCAUACUGCAAUCGGCACACCGCACAUGCCGUUGCGUUGCAGGUUUUAGACUUCCGUCGAGGUAUCUCGAGAGGAGGGCCUUUCAUUACCACGCCAAAUUCUGGCAGAGCGGUGUAAUAAGGGCCCAGUGUCGCGGUCUUGGUCGUGGUGCUGGUUGUAGUCGCUGUUACAAACUCAAACUCGUAUCGUGUCUUGGUCACGGUGUGGUGGAUCACCGUUUCCUCGGUCGGUCUCUUGGCGGUUUCGGGUUCGUGAAGGGGUGCAUUAUUGCCCAUCGGAAUCUGUUCGAUGUUGUUGUGGCGGGGGAUACGAGUCGACUUUCCGAGAGUCUGGGUGGAGAGUGCGAAGAGUGCAAGAGGUCCUGCAGUGAGUGAUGAGCAAUGCAUCUUGGCUUGUGGUUGCGGUAAAGAGCGACGGAAGGUGAGAGUUGGUCGUUGUGACACUGCAGGACGGUUUGC